CGGCUCUGUUGGGCCUGACAACAGCAACGGAUGGCAUGCUCGUAAUUUGUCGCUUGUGAGCUGCGGGGUUUUGGAUGAAAAUGCAGUCGUAAAUAACCUUCAUUUGACAUAGCUGGGAUGCUUAGCUAGCUGCUGCUGCCGCUCCUAAAUACUGGUAACGGUACGCCGCGCUAGCAUUUAAGGUAGCAAUGCUAGUCCGUUAAAAUGCUGUUUUUUAACGGGUAAAAACUGUGUUAUUGUUGUUAUUUCCUUUUUAUUAACCUGUCACCUCUUGGUCUUCGUUCGAGUGGAGCAGUGCCGCGUGAGACUCCGCCUCGACACCGCCGCGUCUCAUAGGUUGUCCCUGCAGCUAACACGAGCAGAUGGCGUCUGCAAAUGCCACAUAUGGACAGAAGGAGUCCUCGGACCAGAAUUUUGAUUACAUGUUCAAAAUCCUCAUCAUCGGCAACAGCAGCGUAGGAAAGACUUCCUUCCUCUUCCGCUAUGCAGAUGACUCAUUCACACCAGCCUUCGUGAGCACGGUGGGCAUCGACUUCAAGGUCAAGACCAUCUACAGGAACGACAAGAGGAUAAAGCUGCAGAUCUGGGACACUGCUGGCCAGGAGCGCUACAGGACGAUCACCACAGCAUAUUACCGGGGAGCCAUGGGCUUCAUCCUCAUGUAUGACAUCACCAACGAAGAAUCCUUCAACGCUGUGCAAGACUGGUCGACCCAGAUCAAGACAUACUCGUGGGACAAUGCUCAGGUGCUCUUGGUGGGGAACAAGUGUGACAUGGAGGAUGAGCGAGUGGUGGCUGCAGAGAGGGGCCGGCAGCUGUCGGAACAGCUGGGUUUUGAGUACUUUGAAGCGAGCGCCAAAGACAACAUCAACGUCAAGCAGACCUUCGAGCGUCUGGUGGACGUCAUCUGUGAGAGGAUGUCCGAGAGUCUGGACAACAACGACCCGGCUGUCACCGGAGCCAAACAGGGGCCACAGCUCUCCGAGCAGCCCCAGAGGUCCCAUCAGGAUUGUGCUUGCUAAACACAACUGUACACACACACACACAUAAAAAAACUCACACACACACACUGCCAUACAGAGUCACACCACCUGGCUGCUUUAAUUCUCCACCCCUCUCACUACACUAUCCAUUCAAGAGCCAGCUUUCCCCAAAGAGCCGGUGUUUUUUCAGACAUGUCAUCCCCGGGUUUUUUCAUGGUGGUAAUUUAGUCAGAGGGGUGAAGAAAGUUCAACAAAGGUAUCAACAAUCCCAAGUUUCCAAGUCGUCUUUAUUUCAAACUUGUACACUUACAGUAUAUAAACAAACACACACAUACAAAGCUAAGACUCCAUCAUUCCUCACUGACGUGUCUGCAGUUGGGGUUUAACUCUGAAGGGUUGUGAAGGGAAAGAUAUUCUCCACCUCCAGGUCCCACUCAGCACUAACGCGUCAAACCUAAAUGGAUGCAAAACAUUUGCUGUUGUUUGACUUUUAGUCCCCUUUAAGGAUAUAUGUUUUUUGCCGUGGAUAGAGUCGAUGGUUCUUUUUAUCGUUCUUUUGUGUUGGUAGGGUUUGGUUUUGAGCAUGUGAAAUCUCUCGUCCUCCCCCAGUGUUGAGUUUCCACAGGUUCUAAUUAUGGUCCAGGUUUGACGUCCAAACAGGACGUUUGAAAGUUUACCUUUACUUUUUAGGAAUGACUGUAAGAAAAGUCACGCAUAUCAGUUUGCUAGUUAAAUUUGCAUUGUUAUAGAAUUCAUCUUGGCCCCUUCCCAGAAUUUUAAACCUUUUUAAAACCAGGUUGGUCCAUUGUAAGAAGCUGCGUAGCCUCUGGGCCUGCUAGAUUUUUGAUCUGUUGUUUUUUGUUUUUUAAAAUGUUGUCACUAUUUCUAAGACAUGACAAAAUAAGAGGUUAGGGGAUGUCUUUCACCGCAUGGGGAAGAGUGUAUAAAUGUUUAAAAGUGAAUAGAUGUGCAUUUGUAAAUGCAUAUAUAAUAUGAAUACAUAUAUAAUGAACACAUUAUACAAUCUGAAUGAUUCAGGAUAUUGGAUUCUUACCUGUUCUUUAGUGAGAGUUGCAUGUUGUCUAACCAUUGAUGGUUGACCGGAUGGUUGUGUGAGUUGCUGGCUGAAUUUGAACCCGUCUGUUGGACAGUUCCAGAACCAAACGGGGCUCAGGGCUUCACACGUUAAGCCCUUAGCCCCUUCUCGUUGUAUUAACUUUCAUUCACUGCAUUUAAGUGUGCACCAUGCACUCGCUAGAAAGGCACGUGAUUGGCUGUGAGCACUGGUUCGCCAAAGCGCUGCCAUCCCCAUCGCCUUCCAGGUAGUUUCUAACAGUCUGUUACUGUAAAUGAUGUUUUCAUCUUCAUCUGAGAGAGAACAUGAUGUUUUUAAAGCACGCUGAAUGAGUUUUAUUUCUCUCUGAUGCUAAGGCUUGGGAUUAGUCGGCUCGCGUACACAGGACAAAACAUUCUGUGAAUCCUGCCUUUCACGGCAUGUGGAAAUAUGUUCAACACCUAAGUUAUUUCAAAAUAUACCUUUAUUUAUUUUGUAUUAUUUAUAACUAUUUAUUUUUAUGAUGGUGUUCUUCCUAGAUGACGCAAUGCUAUCUGCACUUUUAAUUGCUUCAAUUGUUCCAGCUUUUAAAUGACAAACUAUCUUUCUGUUUACAGCGAGCGCAAAGCUUAACAUGCUUCCUCCAGAGGAAAAUGAAACAUUCCAGUGUAAAAGCCUCUGUAUCAUGUCCACUAGGCUUUGGUGGGAAGUCUGUUUGUCUUUUGAUAUCAGUUAUGUAACCUUUGAGACUUGUUAGUGUAGAAGCCGAACGGUUCUCACAGAGCAAUAGCAGUUGUUUCUCUCCACGCCCAAAUACAUGCAGCCCGCUGAAGGUUUGUACCACACGUACAUACCAUUAUGUGGGUGUGUGAAUGUACACUUUGUGUAGAGGCAUUUGUCACAUUUGUUCUUUCCAAAGAGGUCAAGACAGCAUUAUUUGGAGCCAAAAAAGAAUGCUUGGUACACAUCUCUGGGCUUGUCUUGUAGAGCUUUUCUACUGUACUCCGCGGUACAUGCUUUAAGAAGUAAACUGAAUACACUGAACACUUCAUUAAAAAAAAAGUGACGAUUCUCACAGCGUUUGUUCACUUUUGACUUGUCUGUGGAUUUUUGUUACUUUCAGUUUCUUGUUUUUGCUACAGCUGUAAACUGGCCGAUGACUUACGAACACGUGUGGAUCCUUUCCAACUCUCCUCCUCCUCUUUCAUUAAUAACCUUUGUAAAUAGGACUUUUUCUGACCGUAUUAGUUGUGUUAAUUGUGCUGUUAUUCUGUAAUGCCAGAUUUGCUAAGAUGAGAAUUCAAUAAACAAAAUUCUAAAUGCUGGA